AUGGCCAUGGUAGGAGAUUGCGUCUCUUGCUCGGCCAAAAUUCUCGUAUUACGGCGUGUUCGUGAUUUGAUUGGCAUAUUUGGAUUCAUUGAUCUACACUUCUUACUCGACAUAUGUGACGAGAAUGUUCCCGAAUGUGAAAAUCGUUUACCGCAACUUGGACAUCCUGUACAGAUCGUAAAAUAUUGGAAGAAAAAGGAUUGGAUUUUAUUAAAAGAUUUUCCAUCUUUUCUUGACGACAUUCAAACCAAAACGACCCAGUUGGAAGUCAACGCACUUCUUAACUCAACAUCAAUCAAGAUGAGAGAUUCAAAAGGAUUGAAGAAUAUCAAAAAGAAAAAAAUGAGAGAAGAACUCACCAUAGUUGCAUUUGAAAUGUGCAUCAGCUCGUGUUUUUCCAGCAAAUCUCGAGUAAGAAACGACGAGGUACAAUGA